CGUACUGGAUGAUCCCUGUUAUCAGUUGUGAAGCAAUAUGUAUAAACAACCGCAGUCGUUAUAGAUAGGUCUCGUGGGAUAGACGUAACGCAUCAUGGGGGGGCGAAUGUUUUCGCUAAUUUUUUUCACGUCUUUGUACUUUCAAUUCGUGACAAGCCAGCUACCACCAUUGACAAUUGAAGCAAUAAGCCCCAGAGGGAUAAAAAUUAGAAUGCCAGAUGAUGGUUUUUCAUCAUUUACAAUCAUUGCUCAUCUCAGACGGGGUCAAAAGACGAGACAGUGGCAGGUUAUUGUGCCAAAAGCGAAAGAUGGAUUUUGGACUUCCAUAGACCGAAAUUUCGAUUUACGCUUAGGAGACACGCUGUUUUACAGAGUAACAGUUAUCAAAAGCAAUAACCAGAUACAAGUACAUGGUGUAUGGAAUGUUAGUGAAUUCGUGCCUGAUACAGAACAUUUAAAUUGUAUAAUAUCAGAAACAACUACACCAUGCUCCAAUACAAUUUGUAAAAACAGUUUAAUCUUCAGCGAAGAAUUCAAUAAUGUUAAGCUUAAGUGGAAAAAAGAGGUUAUGUUUCCACAGGAGCCUGACUAUCCAUUUAACGCCUACACGGCAGAAGCGAUAAGAAUUGAAAACGGAACAUUAAUUAUAAAGCCCGAUAUAUCUAAUAAAGAAAUACAUGAUGACAAAUACAUUAGUUGGGACUUGGGUAGUUCAUGUACUGCUGAAUUUGGCACAAGAGAGUGUGUUCAAACGCCAUCCGGCGCUCAAAUCCUUCCACCAGUUAUCAGUGGAAAAAUAUCUACAAAAGGUUUAUUUAGUUUUAAAUUUGGCCGAAUUGAUGUGCGCGCUAAGUUACCAAUUGGCAAUUGGUUGAUACCAGAAAUCAAUUUGGAACCGGUGUUCCAUGAGUAUGGAAAACUUCACUAUACGUCAGGGCUCAUGCGAGUUGCGUAUGUAAGAGGCAAUCAGGAAUUUUCUGGGAACCUAUAUUCAGGUGCAGUUUUAACUGAUACUGAACCUGGCAGAUCUAUGUUUUUGAAACAUUAUUAUAGUUCCGUUAACUGGAAUAAUGAUUUUCAUGUUUACUCAUUAAUUUGGAGGCCUGGUAGUUUACAAAUGUUAGUGGAUAACUUAUCUUAUGGCACAUUUAAUGGAGAUAACGACUAUAAUCUAAAUAAUGUACCACAAGCAGGACGCUGGGUGAACGAAAACGCACCUUUGGAUCAGAUGUUCUACAUAUCACUCGGAGUUCGAGUUGGUGGAAUCAACGACUUCGAAGAUAGUCCACUCAAGCCCUGGAAAAAUAGCAACAGCAAAGCUAUGUAUAAAUUUUGGUUAUCUACAUUAUCUUGGUAUUCAAGUUGGACUUCGCCAGAAUUGGUUGUGGACUAUGUGCACGUAUACGCUUUGUGAAUAUUUAAUAUAAACGGUUAUAAUAUGUAAAA